UUUCAAAUGACAAUGUUAGCACUGUCACGAGAAGGCGCGUUUUGCCGGCGGUGGGAGAGACGUCAAAUGCCCAACUUCCGCUCAAACUGCAGAGAAAGCACCUUCAUCUUAAUUCAACGACGAUGUUUAUCGUAUUAUAUACAGAUUUUUUUCUUUUAAAAAAUUAUGUAGUUCUGUCCGUUCAGAUCAAUGCAAAUUCUGCUUCAAAGAUGCUUCGGGGAUGAUAUGCCUGACGCGACAGUGGACUUCCAACUGAAUUCAAUGGCAUAAAGGUUUGCUUGAGAGCUUUUACCUGUUACAAACGGUGGAAACAUGGUAUUCUCUACGGCAUUGUUGUUGGGUGUUGAAUGUAGUUUGUUUUAUUAAGUCCGGCUUGAAGGAUUUUGAGGGGUUCGAGCGUGGUCGGAGAGGCGGCUGGCGAUUUGGGGGCAAUAAAUAAUGUUCAAGUUACACAGGCAGAGGGCAGAGAAGCCCAGCGAGAAAGUUGACUUCAGGUUUUUGCAGUUCCAAGCUGUCCAGGUGCCUCCUAGCUGCGACAAGCUUGUUGUCUCAAUUUUUUCUGUGGAAACUGGGAAAGCUGUUGCCAGGACUAAUAAAGCACUUGUUCGAAGUGGGACCUGCCAGUGGUCUGAAGCUGUAUCAGAAUCUGUGCGUUUUUUGCAAGAUGACAUCUCAAAAGAGCUUGAGGAAAAGCUUUUUAAGUUCGUUGUUUCACCGGGAUCACCCCGUUCAGGCAUUCUUGGAGAAGCAACGAUAAAUUUGGCUGACUAUUUGAGUUCAAAGCUUCCAGUUCCCCUCUCUUUGCCAUUGAAAAAGUGCAACCAUGGAACCAUUUUGCAUGUCAAGAUUCAUUGCCUUAGUCCAAGAGUAGAAUCCAGAGAGCCAGAAAAUUUGAGAGAGAACACCACUGAACAGGAUGACCAGAAUUCUGUUUCAGAUGAUACUGAUAAUAAGUCUGAAGGUUCUGAUCAUAUGAUUGCAGGGAGUGUAGGAUCUUCAUCUGGCAAUCGCUUGGGUCGUGGUGUUCUUCAAAACAAGGAUGGUGCUUCUUCACCUUCAAGCUCAAGGUUUAGCUCUGACUCAGGCGAAGUUCUAUUAUCUGGAAGUGGUACUGCAAAUGGAAACUCCAAAAAUGUAUUACAUGGCGGUUUGGUGUCAUCUUCUGAUUCGGCAUAUCACUUACAUAGACGACAUGAUUCAGGAGGCUCUCGAGAUGGUACUGCAACAAGCAGGACAGGAAAUGGCCAAGAUUCCUACAGAUCAAGUCCCUCCUCACCUUUUAACGGUAAGGGUACAGGAUCAGCAAUUAAUCUCCAAAAGCAUUCUAAAGGAUUCUUGGAAACUGCUGAGGCAACCAUUCAAGAGCUCCGGACAGAAGCUAUGACAUGGGAAAGAAAUGCUCGAAAGUUAGGUGCAGAGAUGGAAAUGCUGAAGCAUCAGUUCUCUGAACAGACAAAACAUAAUUCAGACCUGGAAAUAGAACUUUCUGCAGUAGAAGUUGAAAGAGACAACUUGAAGUUGGAAGUUGAACAGGUAAAGUCGGCCCUGCAGGCUUCUACAGAGAGAGAGAGUGCUUUGAACAACACAAGAUUUGAUGUAGAUGAUGCAAAGCGCACUGUUAAGGAAUUGCAAGAAGAGAUAGAGCUUCAGAAGCAAUCUAAUGCUAAUUUGGAUCUGCAAUUAAGGAAAACACAAGAUUCCAAUAUGGAGCUUGUUUCCGCUCUCCAAGAGCUUGAGGAGACUAUUGAGCAACAAAAUGCAGAGCUAGAGAAGUUUUCAGAAGAGAAGCAAAAGCAAGACAAUGAAGGAGUGCAGCUCCACACAGAAAUAGGGUUGCAACUCUCUCAAUCUAAGGUUGAACGGGACAACCUUAAGAAAGAAGUUGAAGAGCUAAGAUCAGCCAUGCAAGCCUCCAUGGCAAGUCAUAGCAUUGGGGAUGCUGCAGGUAUUGCUGUAGAAAAUGCAGAGUUUAUCAUUCAAAAGUUGCAGGAAGAGAUAGAAAUUAAUAAGACAGCUAAUAACCAUCUUAAGUUGGAGUUACAAAAGACAGAAGAAUCAUAUAAUCGAGUGGUAUCUGUUGCUCAAGACCUAGAGGAAAGACUUAAGCAACAGGAUAUUGAUCAUCUAUCCAGUGCAAAUAGAAGGUUUGAAGCUUCUACUGCUGAAGUAAAACUGCAGAGUAUUGAGGCAGAAUGGAUGCAAAAACUCUCAUUAAAGGAAGAAGAAAUCAGGAAAUUAGAGGCACAAAUAUCCAAUUCUGAGAUUCAGAAACCAUAUCCAAAUAUAACAGAAUAUAGAGAUGAAUCAAAAGAGGAUUUACACAAAUCUUUGGAGAUAUCUAAAAGAGAGAUUGAAGAGCUUGAGAGAGAUUGCAAGGAGCUUACAGAUGAGAAUAUGGAACUUAUCUAUAAGAUGAACAGAUUAAAUAAGUAUUUGGAAUCAAAGAACAUCUCCAUUGCUGAGGUUGAAGAGCAGCAUUUUUCAGAAAAUAGUGACACUUUAAAUGCUUUACACUCAAUUAUCAAAACAGGGACUUCCAUGGAUGAAGUGGAGAUAGAUGGACUAAAAUCUAAGGUUGCUCAUUUAGAAGCAUCCCUUGAUCAUUCCAAGAAUGAAGUGUUUGAGCUACAAAAACAGAAUUCUGGUUUGGAAAUUGAGUUUGAGAGAAGGGUACAAGAGAUGGCCAGUAAGCAUGAUGCAUAUGCUUCUCAGAUUGAGCAGAAGCUGGAGAGUUAUGCUUCUAGAGAAAAACAUCUUCAAGGAACAAUUGACCAACUUGAGCUUGUGAAUGUGGAACUGCAAGCAGAUAUUCAGAAAUUGAAAGAAGAACAACGUUCUAGUAGAUCUAGCAUGGAGGAAUUGCAAUUUCAGUUAUCCUUACACACAGAAGAAGCUCAGUCUUUGAGAUCCUCAAAGUGUGAAUUUGAGAUGCAAGUCUCAAAUUUACAAAUGGAGAAAGUUAACUUGGAAGAUGAACUGCAAAUUACACAGGAGGAGAUCAAGACUGCUAAAAGGAAAGCUGUAGAAUUAGACAGCACAAAAGAGGAACUAGAGAGGCAUAUAACAGAUCUGGAGGUAGAAAAUGUGCAAUUAUCAGAACGUAUAUUGGGACUAGAAGCCCAAUUAAGGUACAUUACAGAGGAAAGAGAAUCUUAUAAACUAGAUGUAGAAAAUGCCAAGUCUCAUGGAAUUGAACUUCAGACUAAUUUGCAUAAACUUGAGCUUGAUCUCAGGGAAGAAAUUACAAAAUUGCAAGAUAAUUUACGUGAAUCAGAAAGUAAGUUGUCUAGGUCCUUAGAAGAGGCAGAAUUUCAUAAGCGGGAACACCAAAAAACUCAUCUGAAACUUGAUGUCCUGAUGAAAGAAUAUACUGAAUCAAAAUCAAGGCAAGAACAAGAAAUCUUGGACUUGUCUGCUUCUUGUGCUAAUAGAGAGGAGCAGUUGGAUGAAUUGAGAGGGCAGCUUUCCUUUUCCGUCCAACAAGUGAAGUCUUUAGAGUCUGAAGUGGCAAUUUUGCAAAAGGAUAUGGCCAAGAAAGAAAAAGUCUGGUCUGUUGAAAUGGAGGCUCUUCUUGUAUCCAGUAAAGAGAAUGAACAAGCAAAAUUAAGAUCAGAAGAAGCACUCAGUCAAGUUCGUUUGGAAAAAGCAACCACAGUACAGCAGCUAGAAAAUGAGGUGCAGCGUCUUACUGAGCAGAUGUCAUCAACAUUUGACGAAAAGGAGGGAAUGGCUACUAAGGCUCUUAUUGAAGCAUCAGAGCUUCGUGCAGAAAAGGUGAAAUUGGAAGAUUCUCUUCAUCAAACUCAAGGGAAAGUUAGACAAUAUGAAAUGGAACUCUCAUCUGUAAGACAGGACUAUGAAAAUAAGGUCCAGGAUUUGAUUGUGCAGAUCACUACCUACAAAGAAAAGGAACAAGAGAUGAAUUUUAGGCAAGAAAAUACAAACAGGCAGCUGAAGGAGGCAAAGCUAAGCGAGGAAAACUUUAAGCAAAGGGUUCAAGACCUGGAAAAGAAGAUACAACAUAUUGAGACUGAGAAGCGAAAGCUUAAAGAUGAGCAGAUUGAUCUUAGCAGUAAGGCCCAUGAAAUUGUCAAUCUAAGGGCUGAAAUGGACAAUCUUAGAAGCACACUUGAGGAUAUAAUGGCAGAAAAGUUAAAAUUGGAAAAUUCUUUGCAGUUUGCAGAUGCUGAACUUGAAAGACUAAGGGCUGAGAAAUUGUCAUUAGUAGAAAAGGGGACAAUGAUGCAAGUAGCCAUUUCUGAAGGGGAGGGGCUCAAGCGUUCAAAGGCUGCUUUGGAAGAGAAGCUUCUUCGUUUGCAGACAGAACUCAGUGCCAAAGAAGCAUCAAGUGCUCAAGAAGCUGGACAAAAGAAUGAAUCCACAAGGCUUAAAAGGCUAAACAGCAAGUUUCAACGGAAUCUUCAAGAUCUAGAGGAAGAGAGAAAAGAAUACAAGGGCAAAGUAAAAUCACUUGAGGAGGAGCUAAAAUUAAGAACGGAUGCAUUAUCUAAGGCUGAGCAGAAAGUUCUUAGCAUGUCCAAUGGUAAAACAGGACAUACAUCACCAUCGCGGGAUACAAAGGAAAUGGCUGAACUCCGUGAGAAGCUAUGGUUUGCAGAGAGUGGGCUUGCGAGUCUUGCGAAGGAGUUUGAGGCAAAAGAGAAAGAUCUGUGUGAUAAGAUUAGAUACUUGGAAAAUGCUAAUAAGCAGUUUAAACAACCACAAGGAGAUUCUAAAGAAGAUCAUUUGCAACUAGAGCUUACAAGGUUGCAAAAAGAAAUCUCAUCUCUGUCACAGCGAGAGUAUGAACUUCUAACCAAACUUGGUGCUCAGGAACUGCUUCAGAAAGAAGUUGAGAAGUUAAAGGAGGUUAAUAAGCACUUACAAUCUCAACAUUCAAGAUUUAAAGAAACAAAGUCAGGUGAUAUGGUAGAUAGGGUUCUUGCUUUGGAAACUGAAUUGGCAGAGGCAUUGGAAUCAAAUGCAAUGUACAAGUCACAACUCAAAAGCUUUUUGGGCCAUGAACAAAAUGUUCAUGUGGCUGCCCUGCAGAACUUUGGAAGUGUUGAUCAAGUAGUGAAUGAUCUUACUCGAUAUAAGCGAACGACAUCUUCUCUUGAGACAGAGUUAAAGGAUAUGCGUGAGCGCUAUUUUCAAAUGAGCCUUCGGUAUGCUGAAGUUGAAGCGAAGCGGGAGGAGUUAGUAAUGCAAGUUAAGAAUUUGAAGAAUGGCAAAAGAUGGUUCUGAUAAAUUACAUUCCUUUACUUCUUCCAAAAGUUGACAAUGAACGACUGUGGGCCACAGUUGUAUUCAUAUUUUUUGGUAUUCGACAUCUGUAAAAUUAGCAAAAUUAGAAGAGAAUUUUGGCAGCUGGGAGGUCAGUUGCAAAGACAGAAGGCCAUAUUGGAGUCCAAAUUUUAGGGAAGCAAAUGAUUCUUUGCUUUGUACCAUAGCUAUUCAUCUGUAUCUGUUACGAUUCGCUUUGUACUUAAGUAUAACAAGCACUCUGAAAGUUGACUUAUGUAAGUAUUUCCAUUUGGCAUAAAUUCUUUCCAAGAUAUUGGACCAGUAUGACAUUCUAUAAACAUCUGCGUUAGUACCUUA